AAGUCCAAGGAAAGGGGUUGUCACUGAAGGGCGAAGAACAAGCUGCAGUACACGUCUUCUGAGUCUGUUCGACCGACCAGCAUAGUAACAGACAGGUGAGCAAAUUUCUGACCCAUGGCUGAAGACGGCAAUGAAAGCCACACCCAUAACUGUUACAAUGAGGUGCUAGUGGACUUCCGUACCGAUUUCCAUGGAAGCGUGUUUGAGAAGUACCAUGUGGUCCCAAUCCAAGUGGCCACUCUCGAGGCCUUCUGCGAUCUGCAUUUGAAGAUCCCAGUGUACUCUGAUUUCAGCGAAGUCCUGUUGCAGCCGGGAAAUGCCGAUCUGCUCAGGAGAGAUCCCGACUCUUUCCUUGACAAGUAUGGGGAAGACUUCGAACUAGGUUGGAGCACUGCAGAUAUCAUCGAUAUUGUUGAAGACUUUCUGGUUAAAUCAUCUGAAAUGUUUGAGGAAAUUUCGAAGAAAGCAGAUGUCAAUUGGGAGGAAAGUUGUGAGGACUUGAACAUCCGAUUGAUAGAGCAUGCGCUCUCUCGCUGCGAUUCUGAAACUUUGGAUAUUUUUUUCCAUAUUGCGCAGGAGACUGAUUUUGCUCUUGCUAAAGAACUAUUUAACUUUGUAAAAGACACCUACCCGGUCCAAGAACGUUACCGGUCCAGGAAGAUUUCCAACAAAGCAGUUCAAAUUAUUGAUUUCGACUUGAUUGGAGCUGACAGUAAGCGAUUUCGCUUACGAAUGCACAUGCAUGAAGAGGUUGGCAGAAAUGAAAAUGACAACACCUACGGCUGGGAUGCCGAGGUGCGAGAUCGUGAGACAGGCAUCCUGAUCGCCACGGCCGAUGGGUCAGAUGGGACGCGACUCAAUGUAGUCGCGGAGAAUAUUGUUAAACAACGUUACAAGCCCCAUGGCGAUGUCCCUACGCUGACAAGAAAAUCAGGUUAUUUUGAUGUGAAUAAGUUCAAGUUGUCUGACGAGGAAUUGGAUGAGAGUGAUGGCCGUCCACCACGAGUCCUCUCAAGACGCACAAAAGAAAGGUUACGCCGUGCCCGGAGAAGAAGUGGGCUGUGAAGAAGACAGCAGCCAUAAAGAACCAGCGAGAGAGAGACACCGGCGGCCAUAGCUAGGAGGAGGAAGACGAUGGCGGCCAUAGCCGCC